UUUCAUCUGUUCACUGAUAAGGGAUUUAAGCACUUUUGCCAGAACAGAAAGUUUAGAGAACUAGUGAAUGGGAUGCUGCACUCAUACUGUCACGAUAUUUUGCACCGUGACCUGUUCUUGUCCAACUUGUUGUUGACCAAAGACAUGGACAUUAAGAUCGCAGACUUUGGCCUGGCCACUCAGCUCAAACUCCCUGAUGAGAAGCACUUGACCAUGUGUGGGACGCCCAACUACAUCUCCCCUCAGGUGGCCACACGCAGCGCUUACGGUCUGGAGACUGACGUUUGGUCUCUGGGCUGCAUGUUCUAUGCCUUCCUCAUGGGCCACCCCCCAUUUGACAGUGACACGGUCCCACACACGUUCUCCAAAGUAGCCCAUGUGGAAUAUAAAAUGCCCACUCAUGUUUCAAUUGAGGCUCGGGAUCUGAUCCGUCAGCUGCUGCAGAAAGAUCCCUCUCUUCGGCCCAGCCUGUUUGCGGUGCUGGACCACCCGUUUAUGACCCAGAGCUUGCUGGGCAGGACCAAGGAGCUGGGCCUGGUCGAUGAUUGCACCAUGGAUAGUGGCGUAGCUACUUUCUCCACUGCCUGUACCUCCUCCACGUCGGGCAGCAGUGGCAGCCGCCAUCAGAGGAGAACGAGGCACGUCAUUAGCACAGCCCUGCCCAACCGAAUUUCUGCGAUCCCGAGAUUUCCACUGCAGCAAAGCAGGGAUGGUUUUGAGGAUGGAGACCAGUGGCAGCAGUGGCCUCCACAGGACAGAUUUCACAAUGAAGAUAGGGGCAGGGUGCGCCAUGGAGGUGAAAGUAGUCCGUCUCACUUACACUACGUACGGAGGGCCCACUCCUCGGAUCGCUCCAGCUCCCCAGGACCGCUCCAAGGACCUGGUCUGGCUGAGCAGGGCAGAUGUCACUCAAAAGAAUCUCUGACAGGCAAAGGAAGACUGGUCUUCCCUUUUUCCUCCACUCCUCAUCCAUUCUCAGAAAACGGCCGGAUACCUUCACCUCCUGUCAAGCAGUCUGCAGACUCUGCGUACGUGUUGUCACCACAGACAGCACAUCUACCAAGCCUUCAUAAUCAGGACAUGGGGGGGAGUUACUAACUGGCCAAAUAAUGAUGGUUGUACCCACAGACCUGCAGCUCACUUUCAGCCUCCUCACUGCUCCUCGUCCUCAUCAUCAUCACAGCUCCCCUCAGCUAAAGCCAGCGUGGACAAGCAGAAGAAGACUCUGAGAGAUCUGGUCCUGCCUCUGUGUACCUCCAGGCUGAAGCCUAUCAGAUUGCAGACUAAAAAUAAUGCCAUUGUGAGCAUCUUGGACAAAGGCGAGGUUUCCAUAGAGCUCUUGUUCCAAAAUGGACAGGACAGGGUUAAAGAAGUCCUUUCGAUUUCUUCUGAUGGCUCAACUGUGAGCUUUUUAUCCCACUGAUUAAUUCUUUUACCUCACAUUUACAUCUAAAGUUCUAAUGUGCCAUUUCCUGCAGGUGACAGUUUAC